AAUCAACAAUGGCUGCAAAAUUUGAAUUUCGCGCAUGCGUAGAACGGUGCUCGCAGAGUAUUAUGAAGCUGCAAGAAUAAUUUUCGUAGUUCUUAUGAAAACGUUCAAUUUCUUUGUGGAGUAUUUUGAGGAAUUAUAUUAUUUCUAUUCAUAGCUCUCUUUGAAUAUGAUUAUGGUUUAGGAAUUGGAGUGUAUGUUCAUUUUUUAGAAAAAUGACGAAAACUGAAUUUGCUGAUAUUUUAACAUAUUUCUAUGCGAAUUCAUAUGUGCUAUGAAAUCAGAACAAGAAACAAGAUUGCCAGUUGUCAGGCUACCAGUUGCUCUUACAACAAUUGUUCUAUUGUCGCUGUGUUUCCUCAACUCAUACAAUGGUGACUUUGUGUUCGAUGACACAGAAGCUAUUGUCAAUAACGAUGAUGUCAAAGAUACAUUGAUAUUAGAUAUCUUCAAGCAUGACUUUUGGGGCACCAAACUUAUCCAUAAACAAAGUCAUAAAUCUUACAGACCUCUUACCAUCCUGACAUUUAGAGCACAGUAUUGGAUUCGUGGGUACUUAAACCCUCAUGAUUUUCAUAUAGUUAAUAUUAUAUUACAUAUCAUUGUUUGCAUACUAACAUUCUUUGUAUUUGACAUAUUAUUGGGUUCAAAAGCUCACAGUAUAGCAUUUUACGCUGCAGCACUGUUUUCGGUGCAUCCCAUUCAUACAGAAGCUGUUUCAGGUAUUGUUGGCAGAGCUGACGUAAUAUGCGCUUUAUUUUUUUGGUUAUCCAUAAUAUUUUACAGUAAGAAUAUUAAUGCACGUGGAACAUACUUGAAAUGGAGCAGCAUGUGUGGUUGCAUUCUGUGCAUCGGCAUAGCAAUGUUAUGCAAAGAGACUGGUAUCACUGCAAUUGGUAUCUGUGCUAUUUACGAUAUCAUUAUAGUCAACAAAUUGUAUCCCAUGGAUAUAAUACGAAUAUGUCAACUGAAAGACUCAUUUAGACCUAUGAAGCAAUUGGUUAAUUCAAAGUACAAACUUUGUAUCCGUCUUAUAAUUCUUUGCAUCUCCACAAUGAUGCUUUUAAUGCUAAGAUUCAGUAUUAUGGGAUUUUCUACUCCAAAAUUUCAACCUGUCGACAACCCAACAUCAUUCAUGGAUAGUUUCAUUCUACGAGUGCUUAAUUACAAUUAUAUCUAUUCAUUAAACACCUGGUUAAUUCUCUGCCCGGAAUGGUUGUGCUUUGACUGGUCAAUGGGUUGUAUACCAACAAUCGAAGGAUAUGAUUUUAGGAUCCUUAAUAUAAUAAUUCUUUGGUCCGUACUAAGCAUAUUCCUUACGAAUAUCCUUACUGCUAAUAAUGACAGUUACUUAAGAUGUACGAUAAUGGGUCUAGCCCUACUGAUCGUUCCAUUUUUACCAGCCAGCAAUAUUUUUUUCAACGUGGGUUUUGUUCUUGCUGAAAGAACUCUUUACAUUCCUUCUGCUGGAUAUUGUCUACUGUUUGCAACGGGUUUGGAAAAACUCUAUGGGCACGUGUCCUGGCGCAAAACACUCUUGUCACUCUAUAUUGGAUUAAUUGCCAUCUUCUUCGUGCGAUCCUGGAUAAGAAGUUACGAGUGGAAGACCGAAACUGAGCUGUUUCGUGCAGCACUUGACGUCUGCCCUCUUAAUGCUAAAGUGCAUUAUAAUAUUGCAAAGAAUGCCGCUGAUCUUGGAAACGCGACAUACGCCGAAGAAGAAUACAAAGAAGCUUUAAGACUGAAUCCUAAUUAUGCUCAAGCUAUGAAUAAUCUUGGGAAUUUAUUGAAAGAUCGUAAAGAAUUUGUUGAGGCUGAAAAACUUUUUAAACGAGCUGUAGAACUGCAAGAUGAUUUUGCUGCAGCUUGGAUGAAUUUAGGUAUUGUUCUUUCGGCACUUGGAAAGUAUCAAGAAGCUGAGAGAAGUUAUACGAUAGGUUUGACUCAUAGAACCAAGUUUCCUGAUUGUUAUUACAAUCUUGGCGUUUUGUAUUUGGAGCAGAAACGUUAUGCGGAAGCAUUAAAGGCCUGGGGAAAUGCGACUAGACAAAAAAAUACUCAUCGUCGUGCCUGGACCAAUACUAUUCUGUUACUUGAUCAAUUGGGAUUGCAAGAAAAGGCACUGGUUGCUGCUACUGAAGCGUUAAAACUUAUUCCAGACGACGCGUCCAUUUAUUUCAACAUGGCAAAUAUUUUGGGAAAAGCAGGAAAAUUUGUGGAAGCUGAGAAAUACUUCAAUGGCGCAAUAUCGAGGGAUGCGAAUAACCCUACAUUUUAUACUAAUUUAGGUAUUAACAAAUUUAUAUCAUAUACAUCGUCAAUUACAGAUAUAUAUAAUCUAAUUAAUAUUUCAGGAGUUUUGUAUCACCGAUGGAAAAUGUAUGACAAAGCUGAGAACAUGUACAGAAAAGCAUUGGAAAUUAAUCCAGGACUACGCAGUGCAAGGGAUAACUUAAAAAGGCUGAAAAAAUUUUGAACAGUAAUAAAAAUUACGGAUUGG